GAGCAGCCCAAUCUCAGAGUCAGAGCUGUGAAGUUUAAUACAAUACUCUGGGGAGGCUGAAAGCAAGAUUGAAAACAUCUGGAAAUAUUUCCUGUAACCUAUCUGGCAGCAAGCUUACUGCCUCACUGCACGCGCAUCAAAAGUCUGAAAAAGAAGCAAAAAAAGUGCAGAUUGUUUUGAGCUCAGAGCUGGAUGAGGGACUGCAUGCAGAAAAUAGUGAAGAAGUCAUUUUCACUUCCUGACAGGCUACAAGAGGUUCAAAUCGGGGUGAGAGUCAUCAGCUUUCUUCAGCAUUUUGAGUGUUACCAUGGAAGAUCCCUGGUGUUGGCUCAAAACCUGACCAACUAGAAGCCAUAAAGACUUUUGCAAAAGUUAAUGACAAAAUGGCGCUCUUGAGAAAAGUGAACCAGAUUCUGCUGUUGCUGCUCAUUGCAAUGGUCUGCCUCAUCUUCUACAACAAAGUCCACAACAAGGCAUUGCGGAAAAAUAUAAAAGCAGGUUUUGCACCUGCCUUUGAAAAUACUACAGGGGAGGAAGAGGAGGAAGAGGAGGAGGAAGAAGAGGUCCCUGUGGUCAUCUGUGCAGCUGAGGGUAGAAUUGGUGCCACCAUAGCUGCCAUCAAUAGCAUCUACAGCAACAGUGAUGGAAAUGUGCUCUUCUAUAUCGUGGCAAUGGCUAACUCUCUCCAGCAUGUCAGAAAGUGGAUUGAGAAUUCCAAACUGAAGAAAAUUAAAUUUAAAGUAAUUGAAUUCAAUCCGAUGGUACUGAGAGGCAAAGUGAGAUCUGACUCCUCAAGGCCUGAGCUCCUGCAGCCUCUGAACUUUGUCCGCUUCUAUCUCCCACUUCUCAUUCUGAAACACGAGAAGGUCAUCUACCUGGAUGAUGAUGUCAUUGUUCAAGGUGAUAUCCAGGACCUGUACGACACUAAGAUUCAGCCGGGCCAUGCUGCGGCCUUUGCGACAGACUGUGAUCUCCCUUCCACUCAUGAAAUGGUGAGAAGUAUUGGGAUGCAGACCACAUACAUGGGUUUCUUAGACUAUAGAAAACAAGCUGUGCGAGACAUUGGCAUCAGUCCCAACACCUGUUCUUUUAAUCCGGGGGUGUUUGUGGCCAAUAUAACCGAGUGGAAACGACAGAAGAUCACAAAGCAGCUGGAAAAAUGGAUGCUCAAGAAUGUCCAGGAAAACCUCUACAGUAGUGCAAUGGCAGGAGGUGUAGCCACACCCCCAAUGCUGCUUGUGUUCCAUCAGAAACACUCCAUGAUUAAUCCGAUGUGGCACAUCCGACACCUUGGGUGGAGCCCCGAUGCCCGCUACUCCGAAAACUUCCUCCAAGAAGCUCAACUUCUUCACUGGAAUGGCAGAUUCAAGCCUUGGGAUUACCCCUGUGCCCACCAGGAACUCUGGGAAAAAUGGUACAUCCCCGACCCAUCUGGAAGGUUCACGAUCAUGAGGCCCAAUAGCUGACCCUCCUGGCUAAAUGUGGAUGUGAGCGGAAGGAGAAGAGUAGCCACUAUACCUUUGCAUUUUUGCUUUUUCUUUUUGUUAAUUUUUGACUUUGCAACAGAGCCGCAGGUAAACAGAAGAGUAGCUGAACUCUUCGCGUGUAGUGUAGACUGUGAAUCUCAAAGCAGAUUAUUUGUACACACUUGCUGUAGAUAAAUGUUAGUUCUGUCCAAAUAUUAGGAUCAGUGCUGACUGGGAACUGAUUGUGUCUGGGGCCUGUGUGGACAUCACGUUGUAGGCUUGCGUGUACCCCAAAAAGCUCAAUGCAAUUUAAACUGCUUCGUCUGUGUGUAUGCAUAGGAAGCGUCUACAGUGGGGAACUGACAGUCAGAAAGCCUGCAGGUUCAGUUCCCACCAGGGAGCAAUGUGGUGACCCUCAGCUUAAGUGUAAAAGUAACUGGAUUUUAAGACACAGGAGCAACAGUCUCAUGUUAAAUACAAGCAUAUUUCAAAAUUAAAGGAUGGUAGAUUAAAUUAACUUGAACAUAAAAGCAACCUCAACAUUCAAUGAACAGAAAAAUAAAAAUCUCCAAAUUUGAAACCACCUAUAAAAAUCAUACAAGAACCACUGUAUUCAACAUGGGUAUUAAGGCCUAUAACUAACUUAUUUUUCCAGGCCUUUUGAAAUUACAUAAAUACAAUACAGAAUAUCGUACAAUUGUCAGAUUUGGAAUACAGUAUAAUAAAAUUCUUACCAGAAACUUGUUGAAAAGCAGUCCGGUGUUGCAGCCAAAUUUAUUACUUAACCAGGGAGUGCAGGAGUUGGAGGUGCAGGGUGUGUAUUGACAUUUGCUGAGCACAUCCUAUAAAAAUGACCAGCGUCUCAUAAAUGAAAUAUACAAACAACAAAAAAAGAAGUUAAUAGCAGAAUAAACAUGAGAAAAUCAAAGAAAGUGUGCUGUGUCCACCAGGGGUGUCGCACGGAAUUCUGGGCCCAAUACAUAAUGCAGUCUCUGUGGGCCCCUUCCUCUUGAUCCAUGUCUGUCACACGUUCUUUUCAUUCCAGGCUUUGAAGCAAAAGUGGACCCUAGGUAAUCAUUACCCUGUUUCCAACCUCACUACGAUGCCCAUGGUGUGCACUGGGGGUACGUCAUUCCAGCUCAAUUUUCUGAAUGUGCCGCUGGAGCACACGUCCUGUCUGUGAGUGUGUGUGUGUAUGGACCUACAGAAGGAAAAUGCCAGGCCAGACACACAGCUGUCUUAAGGAAUUCUAGUGUGGAGGAGCUGCUGACCUGCCUUCCAUUCAGAUAUUAUCAUCACCUUUGGGAAGCCCUGCAUCACAACAUCCCAAGACAGUGACCCUCCAUUGUGAAUGGCCACCAACAGCAACAGACAAUAACAGGAUGGCAUCCUCCAACUGCAGAGUCAGAGGCUUACUGACUCAGCAGCUGCAAAAUGCGGUCACACAAUAUGAACACAGUAGAAGGCGACUGGAGUUGUCAAUAGAUUUGCUAAUGUUUUCAUCAUUGCACUUUUUUUUCCUAUUAUUCUCAUUUGUGUAUUUAAGCAAUGAAGUUUGAAAUUUCAGCUCAAUGAAUGUUGCAUUUGUUUCUCCAUAAGCCCAUUGAAACACAUACAGUACAUUCAUACUUUUCCACACACUUCAUUGUGAUAUCAUUACGUUUUAAAUGGAAACAUUUGCCAGUUUUUGCCUCUCAAUCUACACUGCAUAAGCCAUAGUGACAAAGUGAAAACAUGUUUUCACGAAGGCUUGCAAAUUUAUUAAAAAUCCAAACCUGCAAUCUCUCAUUUAUUGAAGUAUUCAGCCGUGGGGCUCCAGAUUGUAAUGAGGUGCAUCCUGAUUGAAGUCCAACCAUCUGUGAUAAAUUCAGUUAACUGGACGUGUCCCUGUGUACAGAAGGUCCUACAAUUGACACUGCAUGUCUGGAUAUAAACCAAGUCCUGAAGUCCAAAGAACUCCUGGAUCAAGUUGUAGUGAGGAACAGAUCAGGGUAAGGGCAGAAAACCAUUUCUAAAGCGCCAAGUGUUCCCAGGAGCAGAGAGUUUCCUCAACAGUCAUAAAACAGAACAUUCGUUACUCUUCCUGGAGCUGGCCGUCCAGCCAAACUGGGUAACUGGGCAAGAAGCGCCUUAGUCAGGGAGGUGACCAAGAACCCAUUGGUCACUGUGACAGAACGUCAGAGGUCCUCUGACGAGAUGAGCUGCCAGCCCAGUGGUACUCCAACAUGUGAAAAGCAUACGCGUAUAACAGCUUAGUUGGAGUUUCCCAAACUGUGUUUAAAGGAACCUGAAAACAUAAGGAUAAAAGAUUCUCUAGUCCAGGGGUGUCAAACUCAAGGCCUGCGGGCCAGAUUGGACCCUUGGAGCUUUUUAAUGCGGCCCACGUCAUCUGCACUCAAAACAUGUUACAUAUGGCAUGGCAUAACUGAUUGGUUCUCUCAAAAAACUAACAUUUAACGUUAUGCUUCAAAUAUUGAUCAAAUCCAUUUAUAAUUUAGCCAAAUAUUUUUACCAGUCAUUAAAAUACAUUUCCAAUGUACAAUUGUGUAUAUUUGCGUAGCACAGUUCAUCAGAUCUAAUAAGACUGUUAAAAUAGAAACUGCUAAAAUAUGAAAAUUAAGAUGACAAGCCCUUCUGCUAUAAAGAACGUUAGGGUUUAAGCACGAUGACAAAGAUGGACCGAGUGAUAGGUAGACAGAGAGAUGCCACUCUGCUCACCUUUAACAGCUACCUUGGUGGCACUGUCUGCAAUUUUGAAAAAAAAGAUUUAAGGCUUACAGAUAUGCACGUACAUGUUUGGCGAACGUCCAUUAAACUUGCAAUGGUAAUGUUAUUGGUGACUGUGAAAACUGUGUUCAGCUUGGGGCAACUUACGAAUAUAAAAAUUAGUGGUCUGUCAAAGGACUUGGCGGUUGGCUCUGCAGUGCACUGUUGUUUAGAACAAAUGUUCUGAAUUUAUUUAAAUACAUCGGAAAAUGUAGAACAAGACAAGAAAAAAAACAAUGAAAACUUGUUUUAUUUCUCCGUGUUUAAAAUGUGAGUGAUACAGAAACAAAAGCUGCAUCGGUUAGUUAUAGUAGUGAUGACAUAAAAAUAAAAAUUAAAAAAACAACAAACGAGACCACCUAUCACCAUUUUCAAAUGUAUCUGACGAAUGGUCGUGCAGUGCAUUUUAAAUGAAAGGGUCAAAAACGAGUGACCAUCCACUAUAACUCGCCAACAUUUAUUAAGGUCAGCAGCUCUAGUGAUUCUGCUCUGCUUGUAUAUGUUUUGAUAGUUUUUUUUAAAAAAAAAAAAGGACGGGGGCUUGUACUGUGUUCACUACAGUAUGUGUACAGUGUGUGUAUCAUACAGUAUGACUGAUAAGAAGCAAGUACUGCAUAAGUGGAAUUCAUAUUUAUAAUUACACACCAUGAACUAGGAAGGGCUAAUUAAUACAAUGUGUUAAAAAAAAAGUAAAACUAGUACAAUAGCUAAAACUUAUUUAAAACAAAUACAUGUAUAUUUAUGUUUACAUAGUGUUUCAGCUGCAAAUAUCAAUUAAGUUUUCAAUAAGCAAGAAUAUUUCAUGAAUAAUUGUCUUUCCAUAAAAUUACAAUUAUGCUGACUCAAAACACAGUAAUGUAUAUAAUACCAAAAAAGUUGAAUCCACAUAUUAUGUUUAAGUUCUGAUCAAUCUCAUUUCAUUUUUUUCUUUACAAUAUUUUAAUAAAUGGAUCUGCAUAUAAAA